AUGCCAGACUGUGCCUUACCCCUAUCCCAGCACUCCACGCCCCCUAACAGACCCCUACCCCAACACUCCACGCCCCCUAACAGACCCCUACCCCAACACUCCACGCCCCCUAACAGACCCCUAUCCCAGCACUCCACGCCCCCUAACAGACCCCUAUCCCAGCACUCCACGCCCCCUAACAGACCCCUACCCCAACACUCCACGCCCCCUAACAGACCCCUACCCCAACACUCCACGCCCCUAACAGACCCCUAUCCCAACACUCCACGCCCCCUAACAGACCCCUCCACACCCCAACAGACCCCUAUCCCGCACUCCCCCCCUAACAGACCCCUACCCCAACACUCCACGCCCCCUAACAGACCCCUACCCCAACACUCCACGCCCCCUAACAGACCCCUAUCCCAGCACUCCACGCCCCCUAACAGACCCCUAUCCCAGCACUCCACGCCCCCUAACAGACCCCUAUCCCAGCACUCCACGCCCCCUAACAGACCCCUAUCCCAGCACUCCACGCCCCCUAACAGACCCCUAUCCCAGCACUCCACGCCCCCUAACAGACCCUAUCCCAGCACUCCACGCCCCCUAACAGACCCCUAUCCCAGCACUCCACGCCCCCUAACAGACCCCUAUCCCAGCACUCCACGCCCCCUAACAGACCCCUAUCCCAGCACUCCACGCCCCCUAACAGACCCCUAUCCCAGCACUCCACGCCCCCUAACAGACCCCUAUCCCAGCACUCCACGCCCCCUAACAGACCCCUAUCCCAACCCCUAUCCCACGCCCCCUAACAGACCCCUAUCCCAGCACUCCACGCCCCCUAACAGACCCCUAUCCCAACACUCCACGCCCCCUAACAGACCCCUAUCCCAACACUCCACGCCCCCUAACAGACCCCUAUCCCAGCACUCCACGCCCCCUAACAGACCCCUAUCCCAGCACUCCACGCCCCCUAACAGACCCCUAUCCCAGCACUCCACGCCCCCUAACAGACCCCUAUCCCCUCCACGCCCCCUAACAGACCCCUAUCCCAGCACUCCACGCCCCCUAACAGACCCCUAUCCCAGCACUCCACGCCCCCUAACAGACCCCUAUCCCAGCACUCCACGCCCCCUAACAGACCCCUAUCCCAGCACUCCACGCCCCCUAACAGACCCCUAUCCCAGCACUCCACGCCCCCUAACAGACCCCUAUCCCAGCACUCCACGCCCCCUAACAGACCCCUAUCCCAGCACUCCACGCCCCCCUAACAGACCCCUAUCCCAGCACUCCACGCCCCCUAACAGACCCCUAUCCCAGCACUCCACGCCCCCUAACAGACCCCUAUCCCAGCACUCCACGCCCCCUAACAGACCCCUAUCCCAGCACUCCACGCCCCCUAACAGACCCCUAUCCCAGCACUCCACGCCCCCUAACAGACCCCUAUCCCAGCACUCCACGCCCCCUAACAGACCCCUAUCCCAGCACUCCACGCCCCCUAACAGACCCCUAUCCCAGCACUCCACGCCCCCUAACAGACCCCUAUCCCAGCACUCCACGCCCCCUAACAGACCCCUAUCCCAGCACUCCACGCCCCCUAACAGACCCCUAUCCCAGCACUCCACGCCCCCUAACAGACCCCUAUCCCAGCACUCCACGCCCCCUAACAGACCCCUAUCCCAGCACUCCACGCCCCCUAACAGACCCCUAUCCCCUAUCCCAGCACCCUAUCCGCCCCCUAACAGACCCCUAUCCCAGCACUCCACGCCCCCUAACAGACCCCUAUCCCAACCCCUAUCCCAGCACUCCACGCCCCCUAACAGACCCCUAUCCCAGCACUCCACGCCCCCUAACAGACCCCUAUCCCAACACUCCACGCCCCCCAGACCCACUCCCCACUAUCCCCCCCUAACAGACCCCUAUCCCAGCACUCCACGCCCCCUAACAGACCCCUAUCCCAGCACUAACAGACCCCUAUCCCAGCACUCCACGCCCCCUAACAGACCCCUAUCCCAGCACUCCACGCCCCCUAACAGACCCCUAUCCCAGCACUCCACGCCCCCUAACAGACCCCUAUCCCAGCACUCCACGCCCCCUAACAGACCCCUAUCCCAGCACUCCACGCCCCCUAACAGACCCCUAUCCCAGCACUCCACGCCCCCUAACAGACCCCUAUCCCAGCACUCCACGCCCCCUAACAGACCCCUAUCCCAGCACUCCACGCCCCCUAACAGACCCCUAUCCCAGCACUCCACGCCCCCUAACAGACCCCUAUCCCAGCACUCCACGCCCCUAACAGACCCCUAUCCCAGCACUCCACGCCCCCUAACAGACCCCUAUCCCAGCACUCCACGCCCCCUAACAGACCCCUAUCCCAGCACUCCACGCCCCCUAACAGACCCCUAUCCCAGCACUCCACGCCCCCUAACAGACCCCUAUCCCAGCACUCCACGCCCCCUAACAGACCCCUAUCCCAGCACUCCACGCCCCCUAACAGACCCCUAUCCCAGCACUCCACGCCCCCUAACAGACCCCUACAGACCCCUACAGACCCCUAUCCCAGCACUCCACGCCCCCUAA